AUGCAUCUGUGCCCGCGUCUACUUAUGCUUCUCCUUUUCACCAUCAUUUUCUUCUCACAGAAGUGCCGGUGCUACACAAUGGAGGAGGCGAGAACGGAACCGGAAAAAUUUAGGGACUUCGUCGAUGUAGCCGGAUUUAACCGCUGGUACCACGCGGGGAUAGCUCUGAUUACGCUGUACUUUCUCCUGAGCAGCAUUGUCGGUUCCGUCAAUCUUGUGUCGCACGUCCUCGGAAGGAAGCCUCGGAGACAAAUUUAA